CCUCCCCUCCCUUCCCCUCCACUUUUGUGGUUAUGGAGUCCCAAACCUUUCCUGUACCUGCACCAGGAGGAGGUUGCUAAGGUAACCUAAGUCCCUUGUGGUCCUUUCCCUACCCUCAUUGGUUACUAUGACAACCUCACCUAGCAUUCAGGUAUAAAGGGCCCCAGCCCCAAGGACACUGAUGGCUGAGGGAAACACUUCUUUCCUAACCCCUCCCCCCAGCUACUCAGUUGGCAUUACCAUGGUAACCAUCUCCCCCCUUCCCCAUCGUGGGAGGUCCAUGGACCAAACCCAACAGGUGUUUUUAUUUAGAGAAGAUGCUCUGCUGAGCAGUAGUUGCUAUGGUUACAGAGCCUGGCCCAUCCCCAGAGACGUGAGAAGCAGGCAAAGCCAAGCCCUGGUUACUAUGGUAACGGGGGCAGUCCCCCUUCCUGUGACCCUUGGAACCAGGCCCACUAAGGUACGGGAUGUUUUAUGAUUGUCUCUCAGCAUGGAGUGUGUCUAGGGGAGGAGUUGUCAUGGUAACACCUUCUGUCACUUCCAGUCCUACCUUUCUGGACACAUUCAUGAGAGGGAUGCUUAGAGGUUGCUAUGAUAACUAACAUCCUUCCCUCCCACUCCUAAGAUGCUCCAGGUGGUGCCCGAGCUUGUGCGACUUCAAAAGAAAUGAUUCCCUGACCUUCUCACUGCCACUUUUGUAGAUAAGAUGAAAUUGUGCUCUAUUGUGCGAAAUUGGCUGAUUUGAGGUUUUCUGGUUCUCCUUCCCUCAGCAGUGCAGCUGAGCUGGGCUGGAACCACCUGCCUGGAGCUCCCCCAGCCUGCAACCUAGGAGGAUACCCUGGAGGUCCAGCUAGGGCCUGACUUCGGCCCCAUGCGGCUCACGCGCUGCCAGGCUGCCCUGGCAGCCGCCAUCACCCUCAACCUCCUGGUCCUGUUCUACGUCUCGUGGCUGCAGCACCAGCCCAGGAGCUCCCGGGCCCGGGGCCCCCGCCGUGGAUCUGCCGCCGGCCCCCGCGUCACCGUCCUGGUGCGGGAGUUCGAGGCCUUCGACAACGCGGUGCCCGAGCUGGUGGACUCCUUUCUGCAGCAGGACCCAGCCCAGCCGGUGGUGGUGGCCGCCGACACCCUCCCCUAUCCGCCCCUGGCCCUGCCCCGCAUCCCCAAUGUUCGCCUGGCGCUGCUCCAGCCCGCCCUGGACCGGCCGGCCGCGGCCUCGCGCCCCGAGACCUACGUGGCCACCGAGUUCGUGGCGCUGGUGCCCGACGGCGCGAGGGCCGAGGCUCGGGGCCAGCUGGAGCGCAUGGUGGAGGUGCUCCGGGCGGGAGGCGCACGCCUGGUGGCCGCCCCGGUCGCCUCGGCCAACCCUGCCCGGUGCCUGGCCCUGAACGUCAGCCUGCGGGAGUGGACGGCCCGCUACGGCCCGGCACCCGCCGCGCCCCACUGCGAUGCCCUGGACGGGGAUGCCGUGGUGCUGCUGCGCGCCCGCGACCUCUUCAACCUCUCGGCGCCCCUGGCCCGGCCCGUGGGCACCGGCCUCUUCCUGCAGACUGCGCUCCGGGGCUGGGCCGUGCAGCUGCUGGACGCGCCCUUCCCCGCGGCGCACCAGCCCCCGCUGGCCACGGCCCACGCGCGCUGGAAGGCGGNNNGCGAGGGGCGCGCGCGGCGGGCGGCGCUCCUGCGGGCGCUGGGCAUCCGCCUGGUGAGCUGGGAGGGCGGGCGGCUCGAGUGGUUCGGCUGCAGCAAGGAGAGCCCGCGCUGCUUCGGGACCGUGGUGGGCGACACGCCGGCCUACCUGUACGAGGAGCGCUGGACGCCCCCGUGCUGCCUGCGCGCGCUCCGGGAGACCGCCCGCUACGUGGUGGGCGUGCUGGAGGCGGCCGGCGUGCGCUACUGGCUGGAGGGCGGCUCGCUGCUGGGGGCGGCCCGGCACGGCGACAUCAUCCCGUGGGACUACGACGUGGACCUGGGCAUCUACCUGGAGGACGUGGGCAACUGCGAGCAGCUGCGCGGGGCCGAGGCGGGCUCGGUGGUGGACGAGCGCGGCUUCGUGUGGGAGAAGGCCGUGGAGGGCGACUUCUUCCGCGUGCAGUACAGCGAGAGCAACCACCUGCACGUGGACCUGUGGCCCUUCUACCCCCGCAACGGCGUCAUGACCAAGGACACGUGGCUGGACCACCGGCAGGACGUCGAGUUCCCCGAGCACUUCCUGCAGCCUCUCGUGCCCUUGCCCUUCGCCGGCUUCGUAGCGCAGGCGCCGAACGACUACCGCCGCUUCCUGGAGCUCAAGUUCGGCCCCGGGGUCAUCGAGAACCCCGAGUACCCCAACCCCGCGCUCCUGAGUUUGGCGAGAGGCGGCUGAAGCCCUGGCGCCCGCGCCUGCCCCCAGGGGAACAUUCGUGCACGGGGAGCUGGCCUUCGUCUUGGUGCCACCGGCAUUUGGUGGGCGGACCGAGGAUGCCAAGCCGCCCUGCAGGGCCCAGCACAGUCCCAGCCAUCAACGACGCCCCCCACCCCAAGAUUUCCAAGAACCCGGGCUCCAGGGCUGGGCCAGAGUUUUGGAACAAGAGGGAGGAAGGGUGUAGGUUCUGGGGCUUGCCUGUCGCGAUUCAGACCCCGGCUCUACCUCUCACUAGGUAGGUGGGCCUGCGCGAGGGGUCCCGGUUUCUCU